GAGAUUCUUUCGACUUCAAACUAUUCAGUGUGUUACGGGAUUCUGUAAGAUUAAGCAAUGGAAUCGAAAGUGUUUGAAUACAUUGACAUAACUGAUCCAAUUCAUCUAGCAACUAACACUGAAAGAGCGGAAGAAGACUAUAUUUUGGUAAAAGCCAAAUCAUGUGAAAAAGUUCCAAUUAAAAACUGGGAUCCACCUGCCUAUUGCUACACGAGAAGAUUCCAGAAUUAUGAAAAGGAGCUGUUCAAUUUUGAAGUUAAGAAGGAUGAUGUUUGGGUGUCUUCAUUUCCAAAAAGUGGAACUACAUGGUGCCAGGAGAUGGUGUGGCUCAUUUGUCAUGGUCUAGAUUUCUCUGCAGCCAAAUCAGAGCCACUCUCAACCCGUUUUCCAUUUCUAGAAGUAAGCCUAAUUCAUGAUACAAAAGGUGAAAUAAAUUCAUUUGAAAGAGCCCGUGAUAUGCCAUCGCCUCGAUUUAUAAAAACACACUUAGCGGUAUCGAUGCUGCCGAAACAGUAUUGGGAUGUCCUGCCGAAAACAGUCCAUAUACAUCGAAAUGUAAAAUCUGUGGCUCUUUCUUAUUUUCAUCAUUCAAAAAGAAUUUUCUAUCGAGGUACUAAAGAGGAGUUUAUCAGAUCGUUCAUGAAAGAUCUGCAAUUUUAUUCACCUAUACAUGCACACGUUAUAGGUUAUCAUUCGUUGAAAAAUUGUAGAAAUAUAUUGUUUCUGAAAUACGAAGACAUGAAAUCAAAUCUCAGAGGUUGUGUGGAAACCGUCUGUCGUUUCUUCGAUCGUUCGUAUAGCGACGAAGAAUUGGAUCUCUUAUGUCAACAUCUUUCUUUCGAUUCAAUGAAACAAAACUUGGCAUGUAAUUAUGAAGAUAAAAACAAUGAUGCUUGGGAAAGCAAGAGCCGCGACGAAAGGUUUAUUCGCAGGGGAGAAAUUGAUAGCUGGAAGGAUGAAUUAUCGUUGGAGAUUGUGGAAGAACUAAAUCAGUGGACCAAUGAUACAGUAAAAAAUUUAGAUCAGAUGCAUUUAUUCCUAUAGUUGAAAAGCUUUUCACAUUUUUCGUAUUGAUUUUAUUUUUAAUCCUUAAUACAAUUUAAUGAUACAACAUUAAAGUAACUUAAAUACUUGGGGUAAAGCGAAUAAUGUUUCAAAUAAAGAAAUGCCUUAAACUUG